GGUCAGCAUUCUCUAACCCUCAAGGCUGGGCUUAAGAAUAGUCAUAUACAUUAUCGACCUCACUUCUUCUUUUCCCUAGGGAUGGUAGAUGCGGGCAUAUCUCUAAGGUAUGUCGUUUCUUCCUGCUAGUUAACGCUGCUCAAAUGAACAAGUUUUACACGGCCAGAUGAUAGCUAUAGAGACAAUUGGACCGGCCUUCCUAUCUCUGAGGUGCAUCAGAGUGUCGAGCAAUGCUGUCGAGAACAGCGAUUACUAAUCAACCAUAUAUUCUCCCGCAUCGCAUCUCCAAUCAUAAGUUCCGACAUUUUCCGUUGGAGUAUAACCAAGUUUUUCAACAUCUCCUCCGACGUCAUCAUUUCCCAUUGCUAGUCUGCGCUACGUCCUAAUACCAACAUCAACUUUCUACCAAAGAUAUGUCUGCCUCCCAAGCUAUCAUAGACCCGAACUGGCGGCCGAAGGCCAUUGUCUUUGACCUUCUUACUGGUCUGGCAAACUCUUGGGAUCUUUGGGGUGCAUGCACACCAUCAGGAACCGCUGCCGAGGGAAGACGUUGGCGCGAACGCUACCUCCAGAUCACCUUCGGCACAGGGGCGUAUAUGCCGAACGAAGACCUCGUCAAACAAGCUGCACAUGAAGCUGGCUUGCCCCCAUCAGCUCCGGAAGCGUUGCUGCACCAAUGGGAACACUUAUCCGCCUGGCCCGAAACCGGAGCCGUGCUACGAACUCUGAGAAGGAGAGGGUAUAAACUCGCCGUGGUCACGAACUGUUCGAAGCGCCUCGGACACCUUGCUGCUCAUGGAGUCGAGAUGUCGGCCAGCAAUGGCAGUGGAGAAAGGUUCGAGUUUGAUGCCGUCAUUACCGCUGAAGAAAGUGGGUUCUAUAAGCCUGUCAAGGAGGCGUACGAGGCCAUCCUUCUUGCAAUCGGUCUCGAGCCGGAAGACGUGUUGUUUGUUGCUGGGAGCGCGGGAGACGUCCAAGGCGCUGCGAACGCUGGUAUGAAGGUUGUCUGGCAUAAUAGGAUUGGACUGCCGAAGAAGGGGGAUGUAGUGCCCCUCCAAGAAGCUCAGUCUUUGGACGUGGCCUUGAAAGAUUACUUAUAGAUCAGUGUUGAUAGUCAUGCUCAUACGGCAGCUGAUAGUAUAUGUUAAUACUUUCUUUUGGGUGGCUGACCAUAUUACAUAAGAAUAAACGCCAAAUGAAGCUUAAAGUAUGCC